AUGACUCGUACGACCGCGCGCUCUGGAGGUUCUGGUGGUUCUGGUGGCGCGCGGAGUGGCCGCAGUGGAGGUGGAGCUUCAGACUCUGUGGACACGCUCGUCGGCUCUGCCUACGAGCGCAAGGUCAACGAUCUCGAUCCUAUACCGGAACGAGUUGACACGAGGGAUCGUCUUGAUGCGUUGAGGUCCUUGAUGGCCAAGGAGAAUCUCGAUUACUAUGUCAUUCCGUCCGAGGAUGCCCAUGGAUCAGAAUACGUUGCAAUUAAUGACAAGAGAAGAGAGUGGAUCUCUGGAUUCACCGGUUCGUCUGGACAGGCGAUCAUCUCAAGAAACAACGCGUACAUGGUCACCGACUCGCGCUACUGGGUUCAAGCGCAACAACAACUCGACCAUAACUGGAUCCUCAUCAAGGCCGGCUCUCCAGAGGGUCCCAAGGACUGGGCGGAGUGGCUUGUUGACCGUUCCCGAGACACGCGCAUUGGUCUCGACGCACGCAUGAUUUCGCACGAGAAGGCAAGCACGCUCAACCCGCUCCUGCACACGCGCAGCUCGAAGCUAGUCUACCCGCCGCAGAACAUGGUGGAUCUAAUUUGGGCGGAGAAGCCGUCGCGUUCGAAGGAGCCCGUGUACGUGCAGCCGUACGAGCUCACGGGCAAACAUGCCAGCGCGAAGUUGGCAGAGUUGAGGGAAUGGAUCCGCCAGCAGCCCCCGACACUGCCUACAUUUUCCAAGAUGGAACCGAAGCCGUCGCAAUGCAACUUGGCUGCUGAAUUGCGCGGAGAUGAUAUCCCGUUCAACCCGGUCUUCCACUCGUACCUAUUCGUCAGCUUGUCUCAAGCUGUACUUUUCGUUGAGCCCUCGAAGUCCAUCGGCGUCGAGAGGCAAGACUACAACGAGGUCUGGAGUUACCUCCGCCUCAAGCCUUGGGGCGAGGGCAAGGUCAUCAUUACCCCUCAGACCUCGUACGCGAUAUCCCUCAUCCUCACAAGCAUGCGGUACACCGUGCUUCCCUCGUGGAUCGACCAGGCCAAGGCGACGCAGCUGGAGAAAUACAUGGGCCUGGCGUACGAGAACAUAUCGGCAGUGGUCCUAAUGCUGGCGACUGCGCGGUUCGUUGACCGAGAGACUCCGUAUUUGAAUGAUUCGGGCGGACAGUACUCGGAUGGUACUUGUGAUACGACGAGGACCGUGCACUUCGGUCGUCCCACAGAUGCGCAAUGCGAAGCGUUUACGCGAGUCCUGCAGGGUCACAUUGCCAUCGACAGCGCCUUCUUUCCCGAGGGUACGAGCGGUUGCAGCUUGAUGGACGGCUUGAACUAUCUGCAUGGAACCGGACAUGGCGUUGGCUCCUUCCUGACAGUCCACGAAGGCCCGCAGGGUUUCUCAUCGUCCGUCCCGCUUGUUCAGGGGCACGUCGUGACGAACGAGCCUGGAUAUUACAAAGAAGGCCAAUUCGGUGUCAGAAUCGAGUCAUGUCUGGUUGUGCAACGUGUUAAGACGAAGAACCAGUUCAAUGGCAACGUCUGGCUCGGUUUCGAGCGACUCACAUGCGUGCCCAUUCAGACGAAGAUGGUGAAAGCGUCGAUGCUAUCGAAGGAAGAGAGGGAUUGGGUCAAGGCGCACAACAAACGCUGUCUCGAAAGAUUGGCGCCUUACUUGGAGAGCGACCAACGCGCGUUGAAGUGGCUCCGGCGGGAAGCCAACAAGGACAUCGGCCUGGCGAGCACUGGACCAGGCGGUAUCAGUAUAGACUGGGAUUGA